GUGACCGGGUGCGCGUGCGCUCAGCGCGUUUUUACCGCAGUAUCUCUGGAUUAGUGCGCGCGCUGCGGCACUCCGCUCGGUUACCAAACGGGAAGAGCGAGAAAAACCGACCCCCGAAAACGCGUCCGCUCGCAUCCAUCAGCACGAGCCGUUUCAUCGCGCUUACUCCAAGCGGUUAUCAAGGCGGCGCGCACCGGAGACAUGGCCAAAGAGGACGAGAAGAAGGAAACCGGGGAAUGGAAGGAAUUCUUCUGGAACCCGCGGACGCACGAGCUGCUCGGUAGAACGGCGAGCAGCUGGGGUCUGAUUCUGUUGUUCUAUCUGAUCUUCUACACAUUUCUGGCUGGCAUGUUCUGUCUCACCAUGUAUGUGAUGCUGCUGACGCUGGAUGAUUAUCAGCCCACUUGGCAGGACCGUCUGGCUACACCAGGCAUGAUGAUUCGGCCAAAAACGGAUCUACUAGAAAUCGUUUAUAAUGUGGAGAAAACAGAGAGCUGGGACUCGUACGUUCAGGCUCUGGACACCUUUCUUGCACCCUAUAACGACUCUCAGCAGGUGAUGAAGAACGACGGCUGCGUCCCGGAUCAGUACUUCACCCAGGAGGACAGCGGAGAGGUGCGCAACAACCCCAAACGCUCCUGCCAGUUCAACCGCACCGUGCUGGAAGAAUGUUCCGGACUCAGCGACCACACAUACGGAUACCAGGACGGAAAACCCUGCGUGCUCAUCAAACUCAACCGGGUGAUUGGGCUGCUGCCAGGUGAGAAAGGAAGGUCUCCGUAUGUCACCUGUCGAGCAAGGAAGGAAGAUUCGGACAGUAUUGGUACAGUCGCAUACUUCCCUCCAACUGGAUCCUUCAACCUCAUGUACUAUCCAUACUACGGCAAGAGAGCACAGGUGAAUUAUUCUCAGCCCCUGGUGGCUGUGAAGUUCAUGAACAUCUCUCUCAACACGGAUGUCAACGUGGAGUGUAUGAUCAACUCCAACUCUAACACCACUCAGUUCAAGAUCAGCGAAAGAGACAAGUUCGCUGGCCGCGUGAUCUUCAAGCUGCGCAUCAACAAAGUGUAGAGCAACUGCAUCUGCCACACACACACACACACACACACACACACACACACACACACACACACACACACACAC